CCGCGAUCUCCCCUCAGCACCCCUACCGGAAGCGCUCAGAGCGGAAGGACUCCUGCCGCGGAGGAAGAUCCAGGUCAAAGGGGAAGGGCCGGACCUCCGCUCGCCAGCCCGCCUUUUACAAAAAGGCGGCAGCCGUGUCCUGGUGUGUCGGGUUCUCUUCACAUUUGAAUAGGGUCUUCGCUACUUUGUGUGGUGGAGGUGCAGCCCUCGCAGUAGUCAGAGUGCUGAGGGGACAGCGCAGCUGUCCGAUCCUUCCGUUCUCUGGGCAGACCUGUACCUACUGAUCUCAGCGUGCUGUUCUCAGGAUCGUGUCUGGCGUGAGGUGAUUUAUUGUCCCCAGCGUGGAGGCCCGCGGAGGGAGAAAUUGUGCCUGCCACGUGUCCCGUGGCUGGCGUCGCCGUCUCCCGAGGGAGGGAAGUGCCGUGCUGGUCUCCGCGGUGGGUGGGGUACAUGUGUGGACGGGGCACGGCGUUUCCUGUGCCCUGAAGGACUGGUAGUGCCGUCAGCGCAUAACGGUCGCGGAAAGCCUGUUUCUCCUUGGUAUCGCUUUCCCCCUAGGAGCAAGAAGGAUGGAUGAAGCCGCUGGGGAUUUGAAGCAAGCACUCCCAAACGUGUGUGACAACAUUCCAAUUCAUGUGGAAGUUCAUCAGAAAUCAAGCAGACUUGAAAGACAAGGAACUGGGAAUUUGCACUGGGAAUGCACUGAAAUCACAAAAUGAGUGCGGCCAGGAAAGAAGAUAUCAGGAUGAGUGUCUUAAAGCUGUUGAACAGACAUAACAUCGUGUUUGGUGAUUACAAGUGGACAGAGUUUGAUGAUGGUUUCCUUAAUAGCAAUGUGCAGUCUGUCUCGAUUGUGGAUACGGAGCUGAAACUGAAAGACAGACAGCCUAUUGACUUGAGCAAAAGCAGUCUUUCUCUUCAUAUUUUUCAUCUGAAUGAAGAAGGACCAAGUGCCGAAAACCUGGAAGAAGAGAAUGAGGAUAUCAUUGCAGCUAGCCACUGGGUGCUACCAGCAGCUGAAUUCCAUGGCCUUUGGGAAAGUCUUAUAUAUGACACUGAAGUAAAAUCACACUUACUUGAUUAUGUGACGACAACGUUACUAUUUUCUGACAAAAAUGUUGAUGGCAACCUGAUCUCAUGGAACAGAGUUGUUUUGCUGCAUGGCCCUCCUGGAACUGGGAAAACCUCUCUCUGUAAAGCAUUGGCUCAGAAGCUGACAAUUCGACUGUCAUACAGGUAUAGGUAUGGACAGUUAAUUGAGAUAAACAGCCAUAGCCUUUUCUCUAAAUGGUUUUCAGAGAGUGGCAAGCUUGUAACCAAGAUGUUCCAGAAGAUUCAGGAGUUAAUUGAUGACAAAGAUGCUCUUGUAUUUGUACUGAUUGAUGAGGUGGAAAGCCUCACGGCAGCCCGCAGUGCCUUCAAGGCAGGCACAGAGCCUUCAGAUGCUAUUCGUGUUGUGAAUGCUGUACUGACACAAAUAGAUCAGAUUAAAAGGUAUCCCAAUGUAGUUAUCCUGACUACUUCAAAUAUAACGGAGAAAAUUGACAUGGCCUUUGUAGACAGGGCUGACAUAAAGCAAUACAUUGGACCUCCAUCUACUGCAGCAAUAUUUAGAAUAUAUCUUUCUUGCUUGGAAGAGCUAAUGAAGUGUCAAAUAAUAUAUCCUCGGCAGCAGCUCCUGACACUCAGAGAGCUAGAGAUGAUAGGCUUUGUAGAAAAUAAUGUGUCAAGGUUAAGCCUUGUACUAAAAGAAAUCUCAAGAAGAAGUGAAGGUCUUAGUGGCCGGGUCCUGAGGAAACUUCCUUUCCUAGCACAUGCACUUUAUAUUCAAUCCCCCAGUGUUACAAUGACAAUGUUUCUUCAGGCUCUUUCACUUGCUGUAGACAAACAAUUUGAAGAAAGAAAGAAACUUGCAGACUGUGUGUGAUACUCUACUGCUUUAUAGUUGUCUGUAUUGUUAACACUGAAAACUACAUAUUUUUUCAUACAAACUGUGCAACUUCUAAACAUCUGUAAAAUAAAUUGUCAACACCUUAAAAAA